CACCAACACAGCAUCGUCUGCAUGACAUCUUCGUGAUUCCUUGCCGAGAAUGCCCUUGGUCACGUACUCGGACUCCGACGAGGAUCAAGAAUCCAGCGAGCCCGCCGCGGGUGUUCAGCGGGCCAACGUGACGGCGCCCAAACGCAAGCGCUCCGCGUCUCCGCCGACGGAGCUUCCGCCGCUGCCGACGUCCUUCCACGACCUGUACGCGACCAACGUCCGCACCGGCGUCAGCGACGAUCCGUCUCUGCACAACGGACGCAAACGACAGAUUCCGCACCUGGAAGGAAAUUGGCCCACGCACGUGUACCUCGAGUGGCACCCCGGCCGGGACGCGGUUCGGCUCCUUCAAGGCAUCGUCGACCGCGCGACGGACGCUUCGUCGACGGUGCACACCUUGCUCCAGAGCGACCUUGGAGCGCCUCUCCCGCUGCACGUCUCGCUGUCGCGCUCGCUGGCCCUGCACACCGACCAGCGCGAGGCGUUCCUGUCGCGCGUGCGCGGCCACGUCGCCGCCGCCGCCGUGCGCGCGUUCGACGUCCGCUUCACCAAGGUCGCCUGGUACCCGAACCACGAGCGCAACCGCUGGUUUUUGUCGCUUGGCGUGCGGCGACCCGGGGCGGAUGAGCUGAACAGGCUGCUCGGGGCGUGCAACGACGCCUGCCGCGAGAUGAGGCAGCCGGAGCUGUACGUGCCGCCACGAGACGAGCCCGAGAACGCCCAGCAAGGUCGGAGCUGGAGGCAAGAGGCUUCGAGGCCUCGUCGCCGCGUCGACGUGCCGGACUGUUCCGAGGCGUUCCACGUCAGUCUCGCCUGGAGCCUCGAGCCGCAGCGCCUGGCCGGUGGUUUGCAGGAGAUAUCGCCCGACGAAUUGGCAGACCUUUCGACGCAUUUUGACUGCGUCAAGGUCAAGAUUGGCAACACCGUGUCAUCACUACCUCUGCACGCGACCAAAGUCUCCUCGUCACAAAAGUGGCUCUUAACGUGAGCCGAUGGUUCGAUUGCACGACUUCAGAUCAUUUUGAGAAGCGAUCUCUUGAUUGUUGUGCCCCCCGGUAACGCCAAGGGGGCAGCUAUCUACCAAGACCAGAGGAAGAAAAGGAAGGGAGAAAAAAAAGGGUUCUUUGCAAUUGCGUGCUGAGCAGAAAGUUCAUCCAUCGUUCUGUUGCAAAAGUUGACAUAACCGUUAUCCCAUAAACUCGUUGCCAUUCUCGCUUCUUCCGCCUUCAAAAGAAGAUAAAAAACUCCACGCCAUCUGCUUACCGAGUCGAAGAUCCGGUCUUUGCGUAUUCGCGAUGUGUGGAAAAGCCUCUCGAUAAUCAGAUGGCGGUCCAAAUCGCUUUGUCCUCGUGGAGUUUUCGAAAGCAGACGUCGUGAACACUACGUUGCAGUGGAGUGCUGAGGCAUCUACGUUGUACAGUGGUCACUGCAUGUUUAAAUCUCUUUAGAGUUGUCGCCUAGAUGCGUCAGUACAUUCGACAAUGCAGG